AUGCUACUUCAAUUAGUUCUUCUCCUAUUCGAAGUAUAUCUAUCAUUUUCCACAAUAUCACUCGUGAAAUAUGAAGCUGGUCAGUUGAUUUCGAAUACAAAUUUGUCUUUUAUUGAUAUGUCGAUUAUUGAAACUCGAAAUGGAUGCAUCUGUCAUUGUUAUACUAACAACAGUUGUGUAUCACUUGUAUAUAUUGGAAGUAAUCGAACUUGUUGGUUAUAUGCAUCACAAAUUCCAAGGACGAAUCUACAAUUAGCAUCGGUAACACUGAAUUCUGUUGUAAUCACAUUAUCAAAUCGAAUAACUACAAUCACAACUUCAACAAGUUCAACGAUAACUUCUACAUUACCAACAACUACUUAUUGUGGAUCGACAUGUGUUAAUACAAUAAUCUCAACAUUAUCUCGUGUAGCAUUUUAUUCCUUUGAUGGUAAUAUGUUGGAUAAUAUUGGUAAUUAUUCAUUAAACACUUAUUUUCCUGGUUCUACACCAAAUUAUGUUUCUGGAUGGAUUGGUUCAGCUGUUAAUUUUGUCUAUAGUGAUCAACAAUUUCUUUUCACAGAACAUAUUCCUUUAGAUUCGCGUUCAUUUACAAUCGAUUUUUGGUUUUAUGUAACUAACUUAACGUAUACGAAUGAUUAUAGUUUUGCAGGUGAAUGGCAAGCACCAGCAUAUGAUGAGUGUUUAUUUCUUAAUAUUCGUGGUAAUGUUCUAUACAUGGGUUUCUUUUAUGAUGAUAUAAGUGGAAUAACAACUAUUUUAACGAAUCAAUGGUAUCAUGCGACAUUUGUAUAUGAUUCAACAACAAAAACACAACUCAUUUAUUUGGAUGGUCUAUUGGAACAGAGUGGAAUAGUUUAUAGUGAUUUUUUAGCUACGACAGGAUCAUUUACAAUUGGUGGUGCACAUCUUGGUGGACUUGCACCAACAUAUGAAUACUAUCCUGGUUAUAUUGAUCAUUUUCAAAUCAGUUAUCGAGUGAAGACACCAUGUGAAAUUUAUUUGAAUGCAAUACUCUUUUGUUAUUUCUCGUUUGAUUUACCUUCGCUUCUAAAUGAUUCGGGACCGAAUUAUUUGAAUGCAAUGAAUUCAAAUGGAAUAUCAACAACUGGUCGAAUGAAUGAAGGAAUACAGUUUUCAUCAUCAUCACCAUCAUUAUCGUACGUCAAUAUUUCUGGUGUGAAUGUUUUAAAUUCGGCAACAAAUCCAUUUACGAUCUCAAUGUGGAUCAAACCUUCAAAUGUGAGUGGUGGUGGAACUCUUCUUCAUCUAUCAACACAAUCAUCUGGUGGGGGAAAUUGUUUUGUUUUGUGGGGAUUUACUUCAACAGGUAAAUUGUCAGUUAAUUUGAUUAGUACAUCAAAUAGCACAAUUUCGAUAACAAUUCCAAGUUCAUUUCAAAUGAAUCAAUGGACACACAUAGUUCAUGUGUUUGAUCCAUCGAAUGGAAAUUAUUUGUACAUUAAUGGAAAUCUUAUGUUUGGUCCUACAUUAUCAACACGUCAAGCAUUUGGAUCAUUUGUGUUUCUUGGAGCAUCGCCAGGUGGUGUUAGUUCGUGUUUAUCAGGAUCGAUUUCGACGGGACAAUUCAAUGGUGUCAUUGAUGAAUUUUAUGUCUUUAGUCGAGCAUUAACAUCGGCUGAUAUUUGUCGUUUAACAAAUCCAUAA